CCAUCGCAACCAGCCUCUCUCUCCCUGUGUGUUCGAACCGGUGCCGUACUCUUUGGAAGCGAGCACGCAGAUUAAUCGAGAAUGGGCGAAGGCAAGAGAGGAUACGCGGUGACCGUACACCGGAAGGAGAGGGUGGCGGCCGUGCUACCGCUCCAGGAGCACUGGCUAUCCCUCUCCAACCUGGACCUCUUGCUGCCACCCCUGGACGUGGGCGUCUUCUUCUGUUACGAGAAGCUCCCCGGCUCCCCCUCCUUCGCCACCAUGCUCAGCUCUCUCAAGGGAUCGCUGGUGCAAGCCCUUGUCAGUUACUACCCUUUUGCAGGUGAGGUUGUCACCAACUCGACCGGCGAGCCGGAACUGCUCUGCAACAACCGAGGUGUGGAUUUCAUUGAAGCCUACGCCGACGUCGAGCUCCGGGAGCUUUCCCUCUACAAGCCAGAUGAGAGCUUGGGGGGAAAGCUGAUGCCCAAGAAGGAAGGAGGGGUGCUCUGCGUUCAGGCUACGGAGCUCAGGUGCGGCGGGCUGGUGGUGGCGUGCGCGUUUGACCACCGCAUCGCCGACGCGGUCUCGGCCGACAUGUUCCUGGUGGCCUGGGCCGAGCUGGCAACCUCCAAGCCCGUCUCUCGCAUCCCCUCCUUCCGGCGGUCGCUGCUCAACCCCCGCCGGCCGGGACGUCACGACUCCUUCCCGGACCGCCUCUACGCGCCCAUUUCCUCGCUGUCUCGCCCCCCGUCACCACCCCCGCUGCAGCAGCCCGUUGUCAGCCGCAUCUACUACAUCACCGCCGAGGACGUGGACAGCAUGCAGACCGCCGCCAGCGCCGGCGGAGCCGCCUAUAGGACCAAAGUCGAGGCCUUCACCGCCUACCUCUGGCGCGUCCUCGCCAAGGGCACCGUGUCCGGGGACAAGCCAUGCCGGAUGGGCCUCGUCGUCGACGGGCGUUCCCGGCUCGACGCUCGCGCCAUGGCCAACUACUUCGGCAACGUACUGACCCUCCCCUACGGGACCCUCAGCGCGGCGGAGCUUGGACGGAUGGAGCUGCCGGAGGUGGCGGACGCGGUGCAUGAGUUUCUCCGGCCGGCUGUCACGGCGGAGCACUUCCGGGGGCUGGUCGACUGGGUGGAGUCGCACCGGCCGGAGCCGGCGGUUGCGAGGGUGUACUUGGAAGAUGAGGAGGGGGGCAUGGCGUGCAUAGUGUCGUCGGGGAGGCGGUUUCCGUCGUCGGAGUUGGAGUUCGGAUGGGGGAAGCCGACCCUGGCGUCGUACUACUUCCCGUGGGGUGGCAGCGCCGGGUUUGUGAUGCCGACGCCGAGCGCCAAGGGGAACGGGGACUGGGUGGUGUAUGCUUACCUUCUCAAGGAUCUGGUGGAGGUCUUGGAGGCCCAGUCGCCUCAGGUGCUCCGGCCGUUGACACCCGAUUACUAUCUCAGCCUUCUCAAGCUCGAAGUGGUUGAUUGACCAACCCGCAACGGAGAUCUAAUCUGGAUCUGCUGUCCAACCAUAUAUAUAUAUAUAUAUAUAUAUAUACUGUCUUGUUUGGAGAAUACCAAAAUAAUGGACAAUAGAUAAAUGUGUAAAUCUGGAUUGCCGUCUAAUGCUUGUUUGUUCUACCCCGUUAUAUGUACUUGUUUGUUUCUCCAGAGUCCAAAGACCCUAAAUGUCGUUUGUAUUGGCUGUUAUGUUUGUAUUGUCUAUCAUAAAGGAAAAUAUGGUUGAGAUCCCUGCGUUUUCUUGCAAACUUUUGU